UCCCUCUCAUCAUCCCCUCCCAAACUUAAAUCACAACUACAACAACAACAACAACAACAACAACAACUACAAAGACUAGCUAGACAUUGACUCAUCACCUACAUCUCCCCCUCCCCUCAAAUCUCCUCUUCAUUCUCUCUUUCUCUUGUCUCAUAUUUUCCCUCUCAUAACCUCUCUUCCUUAGAUCCUACUACUCUCACCUACUAUAACUUCCUCCACUUCAUCCUCUUUCUCAUCAUCAUCAUCAUCAUCCUCUUCUUCUUCUUAUUCUUCAAUAGCACAACAAUAACAAGAAGAUGAGAGCAGGAGGUUGCACAGUGCAACAAGCCUUAACACCAGAAGCAGCAUACAUAGUAAAACAAGCAGUGAACUUAGCUCGUCGACGAGGCCAUGCUCAAGUAACUCCUCUCCAUGUAGCCAACGCCAUGCUCUCCUCCACCACCAGCCUUCUCCGUGCUGCUUGUCUUCAAUCCAAAUCUCAUCCUCUUCAGUGUAAGGCUCUUGAGCUUUGCUUUAAUGUCGCGCUUAAUCGUCUUCCGGCUUCUUCGUCUUCUGGACCGAUGCUUGGUCCUCACCAUCAUCACCAGCCACCUUCCUUGUCUAACGCUCUUGUUGCUGCCUUUAAACGAGCUCAAGCUCACCAACGCCGUGGAUCCAUUGAGACUCAACAACAACCACUUUUAGCAGUGAAGAUAGAGUUAGAGCAGCUGAUCAUAUCCAUUUUAGAUGAUCCUAGUGUUAGCAGAGUCAUGAGAGAAGCUGGUUUUUCAAGUACCCAAGUGAAGAGCAAUGUUGAGCAAGCUGUUUCUUUAGAUGUCUCUUCUUCACCUACAUCCUCAAACCCAAACCCUAACCCUAAUAAACCAAAAGAUAUCUCCUCAUCUUCUACUACUAUUACUGCUACUACUACUACUACUACUUCUUCUUCUUCUCUCUUAACAGCAAGUCCAGUGAGGAGUGAGGAUGUUGGGGCUGUUAUUCAGAGUUUAGUCAGCAAAAGAAGAACAAGUGUUGUGUUUGUAGGGGAGUGCUUAACCAUCACUGAAGGAGUAGUGAGAGGAGUUAUGGAUAGAGUUGAGAAACAAGAUGUGCCUGAGACUUUGAGAAACUUGCAGUUCAUAACCCUCCCUCUCUUCUCAUUUGCCAACAUGUGUAGAGAUGAAGUGGAGAAGAAGAUGGUUGAGCUUCAAUGUGUUGUGAGAGCUUGUUGUGCUGGCAGAGGUGUUGUGCUUUACUUGGGUGACCUUAAGUGGGCAGCUGACUACAGAGAGAAAACUGGAAGAAGUACUACUUCAUCAUAUACUUACUGUCCUGUUGAGCAUGUGACCAUGGAGAUUGGGAGAUUGGUUUGUGGUGGGAUUAAUAAUUAUAUUAAUGGAGUUUCAGGAGGUCAUGAAGCAAGGUUUUGGCUUAUGGGGAUUGCUACUUACCAGACUUACAUGAAGUGCAGGGCAGGGCAACUGCCAUUAGAGACUCUUUGGGGUCUUCAACCUCUCAUUGUUCCUGCUGGAAGCUUGGGUUUGAGUCUUAACUAUGAUAGUUGUAAUUCACAAAACCAGCAGAUGAAGAGUAAAAAGAAUGGAGAUGCAGCUUCUUUCUGGACUUUGGUUGAUGAUGGAGCUGGAGAUCAGCUCAAUUGCUGCACUGAUUAUUCUGUGAAGUUUGAGAGUACUGAUUCGCAAAGCCGAAGCCGAAGCCGAAGCCAAAGCCGAGCAGAUAUAUCAAGCACAAGCCUGCCUUCUUGGCUCCAACAAUACAAAGAAGAAAGCAAGAGAUCAGAAACCACCACCACCACCACCACCACCACCACUAAUGAUCAGGAUUGUAAUAAUGUUCAAGUGUUCAAGUGGAUUAACUCUACUUCUUCAUCCCACAAACUACACCGGCAACAUCCUUCUGAGAUGACAAUACAUUUCGCUUCAGCUUCACUGUCUUCAUCAUCAAUCUCUUCUCAUGGUCACCAUUACAGCUUGCAAAAGACUAAUCCUCAUCACCAAAUCUGGUCAUCAGAAACCAUGAAUGAAUGCUUAGAGUUGAACUCCACCUCCUUCCCCCAUGUCUCAAUAACCAUACCCAAUAAUCCUAACUCAGCUUCUUCCAGUGACACCAUGGAAAUGGAUCAGCUCUCUGGCAAGUUCAAGGAACUCAAUGCAGGGAACCUCAAGACACUAUGCAAUGCAUUGGAGAGGAAAGUCUCAUGGCAAAAAGGUAUCAUCCCUGAUAUAGCUAGCACCAUCCUCCAAUGCCGUUCCGGCAUGAUGAGAAGAGAUAGAUCAAGAAUGCACAAGGAGGAGACUUGGUUGUUCUUCCAAGGUGGUGAUGAAGAAGGAAAAAUUAGAAUAGCUAGAGAGCUUGCCAGCCUAGUCUUUGAUUCAUCUACAAAUUUAGUAACCAUAUCACUCAGUAACUUCUCGUCGACGAGGUCUGGCUCAAGUGAUGAUCUCCGUAACAAGAGAUCAAGAUCUCAAGAAAGUCAUAGCUAUUUAGAGAAGUUCUUCGACUCGGUUCGUUACAACCCGCAUCGUGUCUUCUUGUUGGAGGAUAUAGAGCAAGUUGAUUAUAACUCACAGAUGGGUAUCAAGACUGUCAUUGAGACAGGAAAAGUGCAAAGUUCUUGUGGUGAUGAUGUUUGUGUUAGUGAUGCAAUUGUUAUAUUAAGUUGUGUUAGUUUUGAUUCAAGAUCAAGAGCUUGCUCUCCUCCAGUGAGGCAUAAGUCAGAUAGUGAAGAAGAGAAAGAUGAUGAUUGUGAGAAGGAUGUUGUUGGUUCAAGUAUUUGUUUGGAUUUGAAUCUUUGUGCCGGAGACGAAGAAGACGGUGGAGAUAGUUUUCUUGAUGAUGUUGGUCUUCUUGAAUCAGUGGAUAGAUCUUGCUUCUUUCAGUUGCCAGAGGACUUGUGAUGUAUUAUGAUCUCUUUGUUUGUUUUUUAUUAUAAUGUUCUUGAUCUGUGGUGGUGAAUCUUUGUGU